UGUCUAUCUUAUUUAUGGAGUCGUGUCAUCACGGAUCACGGGUGAGACUGUGGAGGCAGGAAGUGUUACCGUGGCAACCUUUUGUGUACAAACCAUUCCGUUCACGCCUUUGAAUUACCUUAUUUUUUAACACGUCAUGUUACUGGAUCCAUAACUGUAACAUACGCUCUAGUAUAAGUAAUAUUUAUGGAGAGUUUUUUUUUAAGUGUUUGAAAGUUUACGCUGAGGCCUGAACAACGCCUGCGUGGCUGCAGCGCAUGCGCAGGGGCUUGUCACGCACCCGGAAGCACCAUGUCGCUGGAGGACCCGUUUUUCGUCGUGAAAGGGGAGGUGCAGAAGGCCACGGCGCGUGCGCGCAGCCUGUUUGACAGGUGGGAGGAGCUACUGCAGGAGGGCACUCAGGUGAGUCGCGAUGAGCUGGACUGGAGCACCAACGAGCUGCGCAACUGCCUGCGGGCCAUCGACUGGGACCUGGAGGACCUGAGCGAGACCAUCAGUAUUGUGGAGUCCAAUCCCGGGAAGUUCCGUCUGGGCGAAGAGGAGCUUCAGGAGAGGAGAGACUUUGUGGAGCGAACCAGAAAGUCCGUGCAGGAGAUGAAGGACCACUUGUCCAGUCCCUCAGCAGUGGCUCAGACGGAGAAGAAGAGUAAGCAGGCCCUGCUGUCUGUCUCAGACAGGUCGACGGGUCUGGAGGCCCACCUGGUGUCAACCAACUCCAGAUACAUCCAGGAACAGCAGGAACAACAACAGCUGAUCAUGCAGGAGCAGGAUGAUCAUCUGGAGUUGGUGUCUGGAAGCAUCCGAGUCCUCAAAGACAUGUCAGGACGCAUUGGAGACGAACUGGACGAGCAGGCCAUCAUCUUGGAGGACUUUACGGACGAGAUGGACCAGACGUCGUCCCGCAUGGACUCCGUCCUCAAGAAGCUGGAGAAGGUCUCUCACAUGACCAGCAGUCGUCGGCAGUGGUGUGCUAUUGCCGUGCUGGUGGCCGUCCUCCUCUUCGUCCUCAUCCUCUUCUUCGCCCUCUGACCCUGGGGACCUCUGAACUCCCGCCCACCCUGAGAGAAAGAACACAUGCCCUGCCCCCUCCACACUACUUUACUAUUUUACUUGCCCACCUCUGUAAAGCCUCGUGGUGGAGACAUCAGUGAUUGACAGCAGGCAGAAAAGUGGGCGGUGGCCAAUUCAAUUCAGGGAUGUUUUUUUCUUCUGGCUGGUUAAAGGUCAUGAAACAUUUUGACCGCUCCUCUCGCAGCUUCGUUAAGAUGGAGCGUAACUGUAAGGUGGUUUGUUUUGUUUUAAGACUCGAUGCCUUAAAUCUAUUUUUAUACCGAUGUUGACGUGAUGACGUCAGACUCGAAUGAGUUGUCGAGUGACGUCACCGCAAUCAAGACAGCAGCCUCCUGCAGGCUGCAAGCAGUUGCUAGGCAGGAUGCUGCAGCAGGAGGCACGCGCUUGUUAUAAGCGUAGCGCGCCCCCUGCUGGAGGACAAGGGUCCUGUUUGUCAUGUUUGCUGCAGUAUGAAUAUGAUACCUUGACAUUGUUUCAGGCUGUAUUGUACACGAUGACAUUUCACCUCUUUUUGUUGCACCUCCAAAGAAAGGAGGAGGAUGCUUUAAAAGUUCCGAGGAGAACCAAACGUAUUUUAUCCACAGUUUACUGCCGAGUUUGAAUGUUUUAAAUGUAAACGCAAUGUUUGGAACUGUUUUUUUGCUCAGAUGUUUGUUUUUUAUAUUAUCUUGAAAAGAUGCAUCAUGAAGAAAAAGUUACAUUCUGUGUGAUAAAUCACAUUUGAAUUUGUUUUGUCUCUUAUUCCAAUACCUAAAAGGAUAUAAUACACAAGGCACAUCCACGUUUUUCGCUGUAAACAGACGCAGACGGAACCACGUGAGACAAAACGCCUAAGUCUUAGGCGAUUCUAGACUGACGAUGAAGUGGCGUUACUUCUGCGAGUCAUUUUGGAGUAUGAGACGACAAACUAUCAGGAAAAUGUCGACUGGGGUGAGUCGUGAGUCCAAACAUUCAGAUGCUAUUGUCAAAGCUGAAAUUUGGGCACGUGACGGCGACGGGUCUGUGACGUCAUCGGUUUCAUAACGCAGGGAUUCGCUUGUCUGCACGGAAACGACAAGUCGGCUUUUCCAGAUUUUCCCACUCUGGAAGCUAUUUUCGAUUGGAUGAAAGGCUGACCUGAAAACCGCGUGAAUAGCCACAAAGACGGAAUGACCCGAUUGGUUGUGCUCGUAAAGAUGAGCAACAUUGCCAUCUGCCGUUCAGCAGCAGUAGUGACGGAAGCCGUCACAAUUAUGUCAUUUUACCGAGAUUAAAUUUGGUCAUAUUACAGUAUGAAUAAAACGGAAAAAAGAACAUUGGUAAAACGAAGAUUAAGAUGUCAAAGUAUUUUGAGAAAAAAACAGUAACUUAGGAAAAAAGUUGUGAAU